AUGGCAGGAAAUUUUGUUGCCGCGUCAUGGACGGAUGAGGGUUCGCUUGCGCGUGUGGCUGGUGUGGUGGCCGCGGUGUUUUUGCCGUUUCCCUGGGGCUGUGGCGAUGAGCUGGGGGAGAUGGUGGUGGAUGUCUUCUCCUCCUGCAUGGUGGAUGGCUGCUGGCGUUGUGUGCCUUCGUUGCGUGGAUGCCGUCUCGUGGUGUGUGAACUGUGCGGCUGGGCCUGCUGCCUCUCCUCAUGUUGUCUGCUCUCACUCGCUGUAUCCGCUGCACUCCGUCCCCCUCCCUCCUGUUCCAUUCCUUUUCCUUCUGUCUCACGGAUCGGCUCACUGACACCAGCGACUCCACUACGGGUGAUGAUGACUGCGAUGAUGACGAUGGUGACGGUGCGGCGCCGUGUGGUGUGCGCCGUGUUGGUCCUUGCGCCCUUGUAUUGCUGCUGCAAUUCUGUGGAUGUGACGGCUGCUGGGAGUCCUGGACAUGUGUCUGGUGAUGCGGAUGCGGUGGUUGUGCCGGUGGAUGUGUCGUGUGCACAGAGUGACGGCAGCCUGAGCUAUCGCGUGCGUGCGUGUGUGUAUGGGCGUGGAAGUGGUGUUCUGCUGCCAGUGCCGAGGCUCAGCGUGAGAAUUACACUUUCAGUGGCUUUGAUGUGCGCAUGCAUAGCAGGAAUGGCGAGCUGGGUGCUGUGUGCCAUGUGGCCCAUGCGGUGCACACAUGUAGCAACUGUGCUGCCAGCUGUGCAACGAAGGAGGAAGAGGCCACCGUUGCCUUCACGAUGA